GAUGGAAGGACACCCGAGCAGCAGAUACGGGACUAUGGCUGAAGGCAGAGUAGGAGAUAACUGUUCAGAAUCAUCAUCCUCACUGCGGCUGGUCCUGGUGGGCCGGUCCGGCUGCGGGAAGAGCGCCUCCGGGAACAGCAUCCUCCGUGAGCCCAAGUUCCAGUCCAGGCUGUCGGCCCAGACAGUGACCAGGACGUGCCAGGAAGGCACGGCCACGUGGCACGGGAGGAGCAUCCUGGUGGUUGACACGCCCUCCAUCUUUGAGGCAAAGGCCCAGGACCAAGACGUGUACAAGGACAUCGGGGACUGCUACCUGCUCUUGGCCCCGGGGCCCCACGUGCUGCUGCUGGUGACGCAGCUGGGCCGCUUCACCAAACAGGACACGGUGGCAAUGAGGAGGGUGAAGGAGGUCUUUGGGGCAGGAGCCGUGAGACACAUGGUGGUCCUCUUCACCCACAAGGAGGACUUGAGGGGCGAGUCCUUGGACGAGUACUUAGCCCACACGGACAACCUCAGCCUGCGGGGCCUGGUCCAUGAGUGCGGGGGCAGGUACUGUGGCUUCAACAACCGGGCCACGGGGGAGGAGCAGAGGGCGCAGCUGGCAGAGCUGAUGGCUGUGGUCGAGAGCCUGAAGCAGGACCACGAGGGCGCCUUCUACAGCAACGACCUCUUCUCCCGAGCGCAGGAGCUGCGGAAGCGCCAGGACGGCGCCUGCGGUGAAGAGCUCGGCUACCUGGCCCAGGUGCAGGCGCAGGUGGAAAAGCAAAAGCGAGACCUGAAGGAGUUGGAGGGUCCCAGGGUGUCCAAGACUCUGCUCAGAGUCAAAGAGUGGAUCUUUUCUCACAUUGGGUUAUUGGCCUUUAUCGUGAUCUGCAUUUUGAUUUAUCUUGCCGUUUUAAUUAACUGGGGUAUUACUCGUGGGCACUAAGCAUUUCCAGCAGACUUCUACAAUUAGCUUCUUGCUUCCAGACUCACUGUCUCUAUGUUUAUAAGAUACUGCAUUUGCUUUUUACUUCAUUUCAGGCUCAGUUCCUCUUCCUUGUAUCAGACAUGUCAUUCACGUUCUCCAAGCACUUGUAGAUAAAUAAA